GUCUUGCUUUUGGGUAUUCUUCCUCUCGAUCGAUCCAAAAAAGGGAGACUUUGUUGUAACCUUUUCGGAACACGGCAUAUCUUCAAGUUUGCUGCCCUUUGUGCUCCUUCUGCCCCUCCGAAGCCGCUUGCUCGGGUUUAAAUGGUUGGUGGUCGGGUAGUUCAGCUCCCCAGGUCAGCCCGCGCGCCGGCCACGUUCAACCCGAAGCUGCUGCAGUGCAAUUCAGCCUGAUCCGACCAAAAGACCUCGCCCUCUACGAUGCGCAUCGACGCAGCUCGAUAAUACCAGACUCUCGAGAACAGUCGGGUCCUCCAAGGACAUAGACGGCAACCAUGGCUGGUCUUCCAGAGGGCUGGGACAUGGACUAUGACGGUCAGCGAUGGUUCUACAAGUACAAGCCCACCGGACACAUUCAAUACCACUUCCCUAAGGAGGGCGACGAGUUCCCCGACUUUGUCGACGUAUACUCCCCGGCGCCUGACUUAGCUCCCGAGGAGCGUCUCGAGUCGCAGCAGCAGGUUCGACGACACACGAGCACUACAACGGCGAGCGCCCACGCAAAGGCGAGGAGGGAGGAGAAUGGUUGGGAGAGUCGCAUGUCGGCCACCGCGAGGCCUGUGAGUGCCGUUUGGGACGGUGAUGGCGGCAACGGCGGCGGCGGCGAUGACGACAAUGCCGUUUUCCAGCCCGAGAACUUUAUGUACCUCGGCCCGGGAGCAUACAACGAUGUGAGCCCGCUGGCCGAGGAGGAAGAGGAGGCUGCGAGGAGGGUUGUUGCGGGUGGCAUCGAGGACAAGUUCGACAAGUCUCCCGGCAAGGGCGUGAGCCCAAUCCCCAGCGAAAAGACGACACCAGCCCAUGGAGCAGUUCACGCAGAGCCCCUAAUGGGAGAGCCAGUUGCUGUUCCGUCCACGGUCCCCGAGGAGACACACGAAUUCGUCCCCAUGAUUGACAGCCGCGAGGUCCCCACGGCGGCUCCGGACCCGGUGGGUGUGAUAGCCGAGAUGCCCACCGAAGAUACGGGACCAGCGAGGGUAGAGACGAACCCGCCACCGGUCGAGAUGGCGGAUAAUAUGGUGCUCGCACCCAUCGAGACGGCCCCGCCGCCGCUGUUGGCAGAGCUUCCAGAGCAGUCCAGCCCUGUCGAGAAGAAGAACGAGGACCCUCAACUCGCGCCGGGAUCACUGAGGAACUACGGUGGUCAAAUGCAGCCUCUGCGGGCACAGAAGAAACCAACGGCUCCAGUGGAGGAACCUGAAGAUCAUCUCAUGAUGAAUUCCAAGCCUGUCCAACCGCCUUAUAGAGAUGCUACGAGUACUCCAGGUGUGCUCGCGCCUCCUCAAGUUCCCCCGAAGCACCCGAUUGACGACCCCUCAAUACGAAAUGCUCCGACUCCUGCUAUGGGUAUCAAUGCCGGCUCUGGCUGGACGGAGAGAGCGUCCUUGGCACCGGGUCAACAGGGCGAUCUCGCUCAUAUGCCUUCAGUGUUGAAGCCAGCACGCGGAAGAGCUCCCUCACAACCUGGCCAACAACCUCAGUUCCCACCCCAGAAUCUCAAUGCACCACCUGGUCAAGGCCACGGUUAUAAGCCGCCUGCUCAGGGGCAGCAUCCCCCAUCCAUGACACCAGCGCCACACGUUCAGCAGCAGCGUCUCCAGGAGGAGCCCAGGAUGGGUAUUCAGCGAGUCAACACUGUGCCCGACUCACUGCCUUCUCAAAGACCAGCAUCUAUGAUUCAAGGCGCAACGUACCAGGGACAGCAGAUGAAUGUUCCAGCUGGUGUGAAUCAAGCCCAGCAGCCUGCAAGACCUGCAAGUGUGAUGCCAAACAUGAUGGGAGGAUAUCCCCAGCAAGCAGCAGGACGGUCAAAUCCCCCAAUUCCGCCUAAGCAAGGCGACAAGCAGCUCCAUUCGGGAGACCGGUUCAAAACCCGCCGUAUCCUGUUGAUAACCUUCCGUACCCCGACGACCCUCCGAUGCAAAGGCCACCCUCGAAUUUCCAGCCACAGGGCGCUGGUGCAGUGCCGGGUCCUGGGCAUCUCAACCGACGCCAUUCAUCGUUUAGCGGUGCAGAACAUGUCCUCUAUGUAUCCCCUUCAAACUCCUUCUCCCAUGGAAAACAGCCGCCGGGGCUCAUCGUCCGCCUCACUCAACCAGGCCGUUAACCCUAAUUAUACACCCUCUCCUGUUUCUCAGUCUUCAUCAUCCAUGUACGGCUUCACGCCUACGCCUCCUUCGGCACCAACCAACCAGCCCCAGCAAGGCUACUUCACCACGCAAGACGUCGAAGGUCAGGGCCAGGGCCAGGGCCACGCCAUAGCCGCGCAAAACAUGCUACGCAAGAAGUCCCUGAGCCGAGGACCUCCCGAUGCUCGACGAAGCUCCGUCGGCUCGCCGCUAUCCUCCCCGCCGACAACGGAGUCGUAUGGCGCGGCCCAGCAAGGACUGGCACGCUCCCAAUCUCUCCGCCAGACGUCCCAAGGCAACGUUGUCCCACAGAACCAGGUCGUCCCAGCGCCGACCCCGCCACCGCAGGGGCAGCAGUUCCUGGGCCGAAUCGAAGAGCAUGAGGAGGUGCCGAGCGGGACAGUGAGCCGGUCUUCAACAAUGAGUGGAUCACCAGAGAUGAGGCGUAGUUCGAUGGCCUCUUCACAGCAUAGUCCAGCGGGCAGUCGGAGGACGAGUCUGCAGGGUGAUAGUCCAGGAGGGGGUUCCCCAAGUCAACCUCCGGGACAAUAUAGUCCUUCAAACCAGCUUCCCCAGGGCCCUAUUCCUCCUCAAGGACAGUUUGUUUCUCAAGGUCCAGUUCAGGGGCAAGGACCUUCAGGUGCUCCUUAUCCCGGUCAGAUGCCUAUGCAAAAUCCAGCUCAGCUGCAAAGGAAGCCAUCAAAGGGUCAAGCACCUAAUCAAGGUGCCCCUCGGCCCCAGGGCCAGCCCCCGUACCCGAAUCAGAUGCCAGUUCAAGGACAAGUCCCCGUUGGAGGUCCAAUGCCACCUCAGGGCCAGAUGCCUCCUGGACAGCAAGGCCAGAGACCACACGGGCAGCCUGUUCCAGGCCAGACUCCCCCACCAGCUCAGACUUCUCAUCAUGGGCCAGGGAAGCUACUGCGGAAGCUCUCAAAGACGCAGCCUUCUCCACCACAGGCGACUCCUCAGGGACAACCUCCUUACCCACAGCAAACCCCUGGCCCGAAGCUGUUGCAGAGGAGAUCAUCUCAAGGGCCAGCCAACCCAAUGGGACAAGCUCCUCCCCAAGGCCAGAUGCCACCAGGCCAAAUGCCACAUCCCGGCCAAGCACCCAACGGCCGAGUGCAGCCACAGAUCCAGAUCCCCCAGAACCAACAGCAAUGGGCUCCUGGCAUGCAACCCCCGACGCCCCAAGGAUUCCGUCCUGGUUCUGUCCCGCCUCAAGGACCGCAAAGCGCCGGCCCCAAGGAGGGAAAGGGAGGCAAGUGGUUCAAGCUGUUCAAGGGCGGCUCCAAGUCUACAGCUCAGACCCCGACAACACCAACCGUGUCUUCUCCGGUGACGGCUAUCAACAACGCCCCUCCGAGAUGGGGUGGUGGGGAGUACUCGACUCCGGCGGUUUGGCAGCCUGGACAGCCUACUACUGCUUCACCGGGACCUGGCUUCCAAGGAAACAUGCCGCCUCAGCCUGGCCAGGCUCCUCAACCUGGUCAGAUGCCUCCUCAGCCUGUCCAUGGACCUGGAAAUGCGGCUCCUGGACAAGUACCCCCCGGGCCUGGCAAUAUGGCGCCUCAUCCUAACCACAUGGCUGCCCAGUCUGGUCGGAUGCCACAGCCUGGUCAAAUGCCAUCCCAGUCCGUCCCUGGGCCUGGAAGGGCGCCGCCUGGACAAGGACAAACGGGUCCUAAGCCUGGCCAGAUGCCUCCUCAACCUAGCCAGAUGGGCCCUCAGCGCGGACAAGCACCCCCUGGAAUGGGCCAAGUACCCCCUGGACCUUCACAGAUGGCUGUGCAACCUGGGCAGAGACCUCUGGCACCCGGCCAGAUGCCCCCUCAAUCUGAUCCCAAGCCUCUCCUGCCUGGUGAAAUGGCUCCCCAGCCUGGUCGAAUACCAUCUGGACAUAUGCAACUACCCAAUCCCCAAGCGCCUCCCGCAGGGCAGAACAAUGUUUCUAGGCCGCCUCAACCUAUGCCGGUACCGCAAACAAGAACCCCUGAGCCACACCAGCCAAGAAAUAUACCUGCACCGCUCCGGCCAGACACCCUGCGUGCAAGUCCCGAGCCACCACUUGCAUCAAGCCCAGGCCUGUCUGAUGCGGGUUUGUCUGCAAUGAGUCGGGUAUCUUCUCAUCAGAAGAGAGACAGCCUGUCCGAUGCGGGAUCUAUCACGACCAUCGAGGUGUCUGAAGCGAAACCCCAGCCGGUCUUGCGACCUUCGAUUGUUCAGGUCCACAGAAGAUCUACGGAUAUGUUCCGAAAGUCUGAAGAGAUCCAGCGCAAUAUGGAGGCUCUGGCGAAUGCGGAUGCCGCUCCCAGAGGUUCUUCAGAUACUUCUCGUUUUGAGCAGCCCCUGACAAUCCAGAAGGCACCUUCACCCGCUCCCAAAGCUCAACCACAACAACCCAUUUCAAGGCCGGGCUCAGCUACCCCUCGUGAUGUCCUUGAAAGGUCCCUCAGUCCGGCACCAUUAUUCUCCAAGGGCGGCUCUCCCAAGGCCGCCCAGAAUGGACCUUCGAGCCAUCGAGAGAAUAACAUGGAACCAAUGACACUCUUUUCCAAACCCAACCCUCCUGUGUCGGCCGUUGCUGGCCUCCCGAGUCAGCAGAUGAAGCCUGCACCGCUUGUGCAACAACAGCCACCUCAACCAGCUCCUCCCCCUGCAGAUGACAAGUGGGCAAAGAAGCCAGUCGUAGACUACUCUGGUGGAGACUGGGGAGAUGACGAUGACUGGGACUAUUAA